AUGGAGUCCUCUUCACUCCUACACAGCCCCGAGCAGACGGAGCGGCGGGGAAAUCCAAAGUAUAUAAUUGGCAACGGCAUUUGUAGAGUAUCAGCAAGGCUGUUCGUGACAGCGGAAGGUGCUCAGACCAGGAAAAGCGACAAGUGGAGAGAGACCGACUACACAUGA